AUGAUAACAACACAAAAUCCGGAUACAUGUGUCGAACCGUUUAUAGAACCAUCACAAUGGUUUUUCACACUCGUGGAGAUUAUUUUAUCAGUUGGCGGCUUAGUAAUGAACACAGUUAUUACUGUAAUAUGUCAUAAAGCGUCCCCAAUGCCUCAUCCCCAAAGAAGGCUGUUGGCUUCCAUAUCUAUCAACUUUGCCAUCCUAUCCGGAUUUCAACUUGCUCGGAAUUUCUUCCUUUUCCUAGUGAUGCAACAACCAUGUCUUAGCCAAGUGACCACAGUGUCAUGCAAGCUCCAGGAGUUUCCAUUAAUAUUCUGCUACAUUCACUGUGCUGCCACAUAUUUCUUACUUGGCAUUCAAUCCAAUUUUUUGAAGUUAAAACCAGUAGACAAGUCACCGAUGAAAUGGUAUCUGACUUGUUCAGUGUGGCAAACAUUGAUCGCCGCAGCCAGCGUAGCCUUGUCCUUGCUCUUCACCGCUUUUGACCAGGAUCUUGAAAAUGAGCCCAUGAACAAAUGCUCUAUUCUGCUUGCCGUUUCUCAGUCAUUCUUAACUUUCACUCUACUGACCAUCCUCAUUCUUCUCCAUGCUUUUGGCUUAGUGUUCAUCGUCCUUGCAUCGCUGUUGCAGAGAAACAAAAAAAGCUGGAUAGCGUUCACAAUUUUCUCUCUAAAAGAGAUCAUACAGUACGAGACGUUGGUUUGGCAAACUUCAUUGUUCGUGUCGGGAUGUGUUGUUUUGUAUAGACACGUUUUGAGAGAAACUUGUGAUGAGUGCGCUGUGCUCAUUCUGGAACUUGCCUUCGUGAUUUUACCAUUGAUGAUAUCUUUCGCCCAUCCACUAUACCUAGUCUGGUACGUUCUACCCAUGCGGGACGCCGCAACCCGGACCUUUCCCUGUAUGUUAUCAGCGCUCCCUGAAUACUCUUUGGUGCCACCUCAAGUGCCAACAGCGAGCACAUCAGCUACAUUCCCUCUCCAAAGUCCGCGUACCGAACUGACACCAAAUGAUACACUAUCUAGCGAAUUCAAAAAAAAGCUGUCCUCAUUGUCACCAAAGGUAGUGAUAGAGGAGGAAGACGCUGCCGAGUGGUCGAAUGAUCCGUUGUAA